AUGGCUAUCGCAUGCGGUGUCAUGACCCUGGUGUCUAUCUUCUUUGUGCGCGAGUCAUAUCCUUACGUCCUGCUUGAACGCAAGGCACAGUGUUUGCGAAAGGAGACGGGCAAUUCGUUUCUGCGGUCAGCGUUAGACUCUGAGAAGACGCCAAGGAGUCUCUUUGUCUUCUCCAUCACCCGUCCUCUGAAGUUGCUCUUAUCCCCGAUCGUCUUCUUGCUUUCCCUCUACGCCCCUAUGGUGUACAGCUAUCUCUAUCUUUGCUUCACUACUUUUGAGAUCGUCUUCUACGGCCAGUACGGUUUCUCAAGCGGCGAGGCUGGCCUGGCAACACUCGGCAUAGGCACCGGCUUGGUGCUGGGACGUGUCAUAUGUGGCAUGGCUGCGAAUGCCGUCUCCAAGAGGUUGACCGAGAAGCACGGUGGUGAUCCAAAGCCAGAAUACCGACUGCCACCCAUGAUACUUGGUGGCUUGUGCACGCCGAUUGGCUUGUUCUGGUACGGGUGGUCCGCGCAGACUAGAGUACACUGGAUUGUGCCUAUCGUUGGUACGGUGUUCAUUGGCAUGGGCAUGGUCUUUACCUACGUAAGACUUCCCUCUGGCAUGUCGGUAACUUUUCCCGAAUUAGUUGAUUAA